CAUUUCCGCGGGAAUCACGUUAUUGUUGAGGAUUAAUAGGAGAGUAGAUAUGUUUAAUAUUUGACAAGUUGUAACAUUAUUUCCCUAUAGUAUUUCAAUUGAUUCCGUUUUUAUUUUAUUUAUGUAAAUAACACGUUAUCGUUGGGGAAUAUUUUAUGUAAUGCAUAAAAUCAUUAAACUGGGUUUAACCUUUCCGCGACAAACAUUGAUGGGAAUACGGUCUGAUGGUUAGCCUUGAAAUGUUUUAUAUUAUCUAGUGACAUCAAGUUUAUAUCUUAUGACAAGCAUGACAAACUUUGAAAUCAUGCGUUUUUACAAAUCAAAUAUUCGUGAAAACAGGACCACUGACUUUCAUCAAGCUUUACAACAGAAAUCAUGGAAAAUAUCGGAGUUCAAAUUAAUUUGUACAAAACAGGAAUUAUAUUCGCUAUUCUUGACGUUAUCUGCUAUGUUUGGCGCUCAGUCGGUUAUCGUUGUUUCCGGAGAUUUUAUGCCUGGAAUAUUAACAGGGAGACAUACAUGAAAGAACUGUUAUCGGAAGAGAAGCUUUACGUUUUUCAAUUUAUGCACGAAUAUCAAGAAAAAGCUAAAACAACUCUAACCGUACUUGAAGUUGGAUCAGGUCCUGCUGUAAAUUUAACUUUCUAUCCACAGAACACAAAAUUAAUAUGCUUGGAUCCAAAUUCACAUUUUGCAGGAUAUAUUGAAGAAAACAUGAAGAAAUGUAAUAAUGCUGUAGAAAUAGACUUUGUUCAAGGAUUUGCUGAGGACAUACCUUUUGAAUGUGAACUAUUCGACGCGGCAGUCUGUUCUUUUGUACUGUGCACUGUAAAUGACAUUGGAAGGUCAUUGAAAGAAAUAAAGAGGGUUUUAAAACCGGGAGGGAAGCUAGUUUUUCUGGAACACGUAACUGCCAAAGAUAAAUGUUCAUGGACGUAUAUAUUACAACUUGCAUAUAUUCCACUGGCCUGGCUAAUCUAUGGCUGUCGCAGCAUAGUUCGAGACACUGAGAAGUCAGUCAGAGAUUCAGGAUUUUCAGAUGUUCAAAUGCAUUGUGUACGCCCCAAGUGUGCUCCUCUUUGGCUAAACACUUGUGUCAUGGGAAUAGCUACAAAAUAAUACCAUAAAAUUCAUUAUUGUUCCUAGACUAAUAUUACGUUUUUAGUUCACCUUUUUAAUAAAUAUUCCUUAAGACUUACUGUUCAGGAACUUGAUAUGAAUGGAUAUGAAUGGACAUUGAAAAUGUUUCUCAAUAAAUACAGUUUUUUUUCCAAGUCAUCCAAAGCUGUGGGAUUAUCUGAUUCACAUAUGAUAUAUCCGAAAGCAUCUUUGUGAUGUUUGACCUCCGUGGCCGAGUGAUUAUGUUGACUUACCCAUCACCGCUGUAGAUUUGAAACAUCGUUUUGGAUGUAGAAUUCUUCAUAUGAGGAAGCCGUCUAGCUGCCUUCUGGCUAAGGGACCUAGGUGAUUCGCCCAUCCCUGAAAUAAUUCACGGCGUCUUCCUCCAUCAUAUAACAGCUUAAAAGUCGCCAAAUGACCUACACUAUCAUCGUGUAAAUGUGGUUAACCAAACAGCAUUUUAAAACUCUUAUUGACGAUAGGUUCAAAAUAGUACACAGGAAUAAAUAUUUGAGCCGUGCCAUGAGAAAACCAACAUAGUGGCUUUGCGACCAGCAUGGAUCCAGACCAGC